GUCACUGCGCCUGGUCCCCGCUGUUUUUUAGAGUCUUAGAGUCUCAGGUUGUGGACCAGGUGAGGACACAGGCUCUAGGUAGAAAUAAUAUCCCUCCGCACUCCUACCCUGCCGCUUGCCCUCUUAAAUGACCCUGAGCAUUGCUUUUAUUGACGUUGCCCUCACUGCCUUGUAGUCUCCCAAGGUAGUCUUAACAAGGUUCGGAGCCAUUCGUGUAUGGGUCAGGUUGGGGAGGGGUGGACUUUCUAGUAUUAGCCAUCACACAGUCAAGGGAAACCUCAGCAGGGGAGACACGGCCUCCAAAUGUCACUCAGGAUAGAAUCAAGCUGGAGUAAUUCCUGGUGAUGAUUCUUUUUCUUUGUUUUGCCUUUCUUAUUUUUCUAAACAUUCUAUAAUGUAAUAAAAACAUUAAGGUAAUGCUAAAUAUGUCCCAUCAUUCCCAUUAUGCUCACAUUACUUCUUUGUUCUCCAAUUUUGCUUUUUCAACUUGGAAGAGCUUCUGACCUAAAAGUUAUGAAUACGAACAUCUGUAUUAUUUAGGGCUACUGUUGUUGAUUUUCUCUUUAACUAGGAGCUCAUGAAAGACUUCUUAGAGAAGAGAGACAAGGGGAAACUCCUUAUACAGAGAAGUAGAAGACUGAAAAAGAAUCUUUUAAGACCGAUGCAACUUUCCAUAACUGAAGAUGGUUAUAUUCAUUAUGGUGACAAAGUUAUGCUUGUGAAUCCCGAUGAUCCUGCUGUGGAAGCUGAUAUGUUUCUGGGUGGGGACCUGAGCCUGUGUAUGACUCCAGAUGAAAUUCAGUGCCAUCUGAGAGAUGAAUUAGAGGUGCCCUGUGGCCUGAGCGCCGUUCAAGCCAAGACCCCAAUUGGUAGAAACACUUUUAUCAUUUUGAGUGUACACAGAGACGCCACUGGUCAAGUCCUCAGAUAUGGGCAGGACUUUAGCCUGGGGAUAACAGGAGGAUUUGAAAACAAAAUGUUGUAUUUAUCGAGUGACCACAGGACCCUCCUGAAAUCGUCUAAGAGGUCUUGGCUCCAGGAAGUGUACCUAACAGAUGAGGUCUCCCACAUGAAUUGCUGGCAGGCUGCCUUCCCUGACCCCCAGCUACGCCUGGAAUAUGAAGGCUUCCCCGUCCCGGCCAAUGCUAAAAUUCUCAUCCAUCACUGUCACACAAAUCGGGGACUGGCAGCCCACCGGCAUCUUUUCUUAAGCACCUAUUUUGGAAAGGAGGCUGAGGUUGUAGCUCACACGUACCUGGAUUCACACAGAGUUGAAAAACCAAGUAACCACUGGAUGUUGGUUACUGGGAAUCCCAGGGAUGCCUCGUCCACCAUGUCGGAUCUGCCCAAACCGCCGGCAGAGGACACUCGAGCCGUGGAGCAGGCCAUGGGCCUUGACACGCAGUAACGCGCCAGGUACAUGCAUGUUUUCUCUGGUUCUGCUCUCAUCAAAUGUAGCUUUAAAAGAAAUUAACGACCUUGGUCAUGCCUCAAGCUACUUUUGAAUCAGAUAUGGGACUCCCUGAGCACUAUAUUAAAAUAAAGAUUACAUUAAUAUUAUUGAAUUUGCGUGGGAGUCUAGGCCUAGAAAAAAAACAGCUCUGGAGAAUAAAUAGAAUAAAUAGUAUUUGAAAGUGACUCACAAUGGCCCUUGGUUGAUAAACAAAUUCUGAAGAACUCAGCUUCCUCUACUAUACCCUUCAUUGUCUACAAGGACAGUGCGUUGCUUUUUAACGUCAUGUCUAUGUGAUAAAGCUAUUGGAAUUGUAGUGAAUUGUUGGCACCACAGUUUCGCUCUUGAAUGCACUGAAACAGAAAAAGCUGACAGCUGUGAGCUGUGGCCCUACCUUGGAAUUGAACAUUUCUGCCUUUGUAAAACAUCCUGUUUUUGUUUCUACCUGUGGCUUUCGAGGUCCGGACCUCCACCUGGUCUGUAACCUGUUACGUUGUCAUGAUCUUUAAACUGCAGAAUCUCUGCCUUGUCUUUGAAACUGGCACCUUAGUUGUGGCACUCAUGUGACUAGAAAGUUCCUGACAAAAUAAGUAUGUACCCUUCC